GAGAAUUGGAGUAAAUCCGGAACCACUUUUCUCGGUUUGUGUCCGAUUGGAGCUGUGGUUGUGACUGUUUCUGUCGCCUGGUGCAUCAAGUGCAUGAGGAAUGUGGAUGCGAGGAUCAUACUUGUCGACUUCCGUUAGGUAGCAGCCAAUCAGUCAAAAAAUUAUGAUUUUUGCAAGUCACUGAUCACAUCUGCCACUUCUCACUCGAAGUGCUCAGAUUUCGUGAUGCCAAAUUUACUCAGAAUUAGCAUUCCGAUGGCGGAAUGAUUGAUGUUAUUCGAGUCUCUUGAACCCUAAUCCGUGGGGAAGAGGAAGACAGACGAUCGUGAAAUCGAUUCAUUUGCGCAUCGAGAGUUCUAUCGAUUGUUGUUGUCUCGAAAUGAGUUGCCCAUGCUGCCGACCAGGGGGGGAUUCAAGCGAUGGGGAGGAAGAGGAGGAAGAGGAAGAAGAUGUCGGACUGCUGGAUAUGAGUGCCAUGAAGGAUCGAGUCCAGUACCUGGUCGAUUCUGGCAUCAGCCAGAUUCCAGCUGCAUUCAUCAGGCCGGUGGACGAGCGUCCUCUGGGUGUGAAGGGAUUCGACCGAAUUCCUGUCGUGGAUAUGAGUGAGGUGGACGGGAAGGGCAGAGAACGCAUCAGAGCAGAGGUUGGAAAAGCGUGCGAGGAAUGGGGAUUCUUUCAGGUGGUGAAUCACGGGGUGAAGAAAUCGGUUCUGGAUGUCAUGAGGAAGGAUGGCAGGGCUUUUUUCCAACAACCGAUGGAACAGAAGCUCAAGUACAGCUGCACGCCAGGAGUGAUUGCGUCUGAAGGCUAUGGGAGUAAGAUGCUUACCAAAGAUGAGCAGCUUCUCGACUGGAGAGACUACUACGAUCUUCACACAUUGCCCAUGUCCAGGCGACGUUCAGGCAAUUGGCCUACCAAUCCUCCAUCCUUCAGGGAUUCGGUGGUAAAGUACAGUGACCAGAUGAAGUGGUUGGCGGAAAAGAUAUUGGAACUCAUCUCUGAGAGCUUAGGAUUGCCUGGCACAUACUUGAAGGAAGCUUUGGGAGAAGUCUCUCAAAAUGUGUCGGUGAAUUACUAUCCGGUCUGUCCACAACCGGAUCUUACCUUAGGCUUGCAAGCUCACUCGGAUCUGGGAGCCAUUACCAUUCUGAUGCAAGCGGACAUUCCUGGACUGCAAGUGAAAAAGGAUGACAGCUGGAUUGCUGUGGAGCCUGUAGAGGACGCUCUGGUUGUAAACCUGGGUGACAUGAUGGAGGUGCUGACCAAUGGGAGGUACAAAAGCGUGGAGCACCGGGCUGUUGUGAACAGCGAGAGGGACCGCCUAUCCAUUGCAACUUUCUUGGAUCCUGCGAAAGACCGCACUUUGUCGCCAGCCAAGGCACUCGUUGAUGAUAAACACCCCUUGCUGUACAGAGACGUCCUGUUCAGCGAAUUCAUCUCUGCCUGGUACUCCAAGGGGCCAGAUGGCAAGAGGAAUAUUGACAAUCUCAUCCUCCCGUUGUGAGAUAUCUAUCUCUUUCUCUGUCUUCCACUUCAAAAAUCGUUUGGAAAGAAUCAGUCAGCAAAGGAGUAGAACGCACCUUGUCAGCAGCUUGGCAGUUUCAUUUUUCCUCUUCUGAUAUCAUAUUAGCGUUGAUGAAGGCUGCAAAAUGUCCAUUUUUGUAGAUAGUCUCACACGUGAGUUGCCAAAAAACCUCUAGAUGUUGCCCUCUUGCUUUACUGCAUCGUCUCCGACGAAAAGUUGUCCACUUCUUCAGCAUCUAAGGAGUUGAAACGCAUCCGAAUCAAUGAAGUAUUAGUAAUUUGCUUCACUUCCUUCACCACCAGCUCUUGUGCACUGGUUUCAUUUGGCACACUCGAGCCGCAUGGGAAGGUAUCGAAGAGCAGAAAGGUUCAGAUUGUUCUUCCUGUCAAAUUACCUUCUUAUUGAAAAUUUUGAUUCUGAAAGCCACGAGUUUAAUGAGGCUUGAGAAAAUUGAUCCACGAAAUUCUAUGGACCCUCGUUUAAGCUUACGGAAAGUGGACCUCUUUUAAAUUGAAUGACAGCAGCGCCUCAAGCUUCUUACUGUCACCACAGGUGCUAAACUGCUGUACAUUUGUACGCUUCAAUGUGCACUUGC